CUGUUUUGGCAAGUGCAAAGUUUUAAUUUGUCAAUGGAAGGAGUAUUUGAAGAUGAGGCAUCGCUAAUAGGCCAAGCACAGGUAUGGCAACUCAUGUUUGCCUUUGCAGACUCCAUGGCACUAAAAUGUGCUGUGGAGCUACACAUACCUGACAUUAUACACUCUCAUGGUAAAUCAAUUACCUUGUCUCAAAUUGCUUCCUCUAUUGACUCAACCUCUCCAGAUAUCCCCUACCUCCAACGCAUAAUGAGGUUGCUCGUCCGCCGGAAUAUCUUCACCGCUGAUCAUCCGUCGGACGGCGGAGAGACCCUUUACGGGUUGACUCAUGUGUCUAAAUGGCUUGUGCACGAUUCUGAUAGGACACUUGCCCCUAUGGUACUGAUGGAAAACCACCCCUGGACAAUUAAUCCCUGGCAUUGUUUCAGCCAGUGUGUUAAAAAAGGUGGCAUUGCAUUUGAGAAGGCUAAUGGACAUGAAAUUUGGGAUUUUGCAGCAAGAAAUCCUGAGUUCAACAAGAUGUUCAAUGGCGGCAUGUCAUGCACUGCUAGAUUGACAAUAAGAGCAAUUUUAGAAGGGUAUAAAGAUGGGUUUUGUAGCAUGAAAUCAUUGGUCGAUGUAGGAGGUGGGACGGGAGAUUUGGUGACAGAGAUUGUUAAAUCACAUCCACAUAUCAAAGGUAUUAACUAUGAUUUGGCUCAUGUUGUGUCCACUGCACCAGCAUAUGAAGGAGUAUGCCAUGUUGGUGGUGACAUGUUUCAGGCCAUUCCAAAUGCUGAUGCGGUUAUCAUGAAGUGGAUAAUGCAUGAUUGGGGAGAUGAAGAUUGUGUCAGGAUAUUAAAAAAUUGCAGGAAAGCAAUACCGGAGAAGACAGGGAAGGUUAUGAUUGUUGAUAUAGUGCUGCAGCCAGAGGGUAAUGGCCUAUUUGAUGACACAAGGUUGGUGUUUGAUUUGCUAAUGAUUGCACAUUCCUCAGGUGGAAAGGAGAGAACUGAAGCCGAAUGGAAGAAAAUAUUGGAGGAAGGAGGCUUCCCUCGUUAUAGAAUUAUCAAAAUCCCAGCUUUGACAUCCAUCAUUGAGGCCUAUCCUGAGUAAGAUAAAAUUGCAAGCUUAUCCCCAGUGUCAUUAAGUUAAUAAUGCCUUGCAACUGUACCUCAUGAUUUGGUGUGCUUGUCAUUUCUAUUAUAUUUUAGUGUCUAUUUAUGUAAAUAUUUCAUGGAUAGGUUUAAUAAUCCAGUGAUAAACGAAUUGAAACUUUA